AUGAAUACCAUCUUAUCUUAUGUAUUAAAGAAUGGCAACUAAUUUCUUGGCAUCAAACUUUGACAGUAAUUUUGAAAUACAAAAACGUUAAUAAACGAACUAAAAGUAAUAAGUAAACAAAUUUAGUUUAUUUGCAAUUAGAUGGAAAGUUCGUGACUUUUUAACAAAUAAAGUUUAAUAAAAUGUCUACGAGAUCUGGAAAAAGAAUUCAUAGCAUAGCUAAUGAGAAUGUAGAAAAUAUCUUUGAGUCUAAAAGUGAUAGGAACACUCGUAGCAAGCGGCAGAAGAUCGAAAAUGAUUUGCCAUUCACGGAAAAGAAACGAAAGAAUUACGUGAGAUAUCCUUCGGAAGAAAAUGUAGCUAACAUUGAAAAAAUAGCACCGAGCGUACCUAAAUUGAGGAGACAUACGCUAAAAGAACAGAAUAUUCUCGCAACUGAUUCCGAAACUUCUAACGACGAAAGGAAAACUGUGCGUUCAACCCGUCGUACUAAAAUAAAUGAAGAGGAAUUAGAAAACACUGAAACAAAAGUAGAAAAAGUAGCCACAGAGAAAAAGCAAAAGGGUAAAAAGAAGAGUGUAAAACCAAUAGUCACAGAAGAAAAUAAUGAAAAUAUUCCCCAAAUAAAAAUUUCCAAAAAAAAAUCCAACAAAAAGAAGAGUAAAAAAAAGUCAAACUCUAUAGUAGUCGAAGAAAUUCAUGACAAUGUAGAUAAUAAGAAUUUAAAUAAUAGUAAAGCUUCUAAUGAUUCAUUUCACAGUGCUCCUGGUAGCCCGACUUCUAUUCCUUCUGCGGAAGAGCCCAGUAGUGGUAUAUCAGAUAAUAAGUUGAGAAAGAAUAAAAAACAUGAUAUCGUGGAGUCUAACAUUUUAGCUGAGAAAACUAAUAGAAAAAGGAAAAUAACCAUAGAAAUGGAAUGUGAUGCUAAUAAUGAUGACAUUAAAGAUGAUUCAAACCAAAAGUUGUUAAGUAAUCCUGAUCAUAAAUCCAUCACAAAUCAAGCUAAUGUUAGUAAUGAAAAAGCACAAGAAAAGGAUGAAUUCAACGAAAGUAUUGAAAUAAGUUUUAAAAACAAAAAACGUGCAAACAAAAAAUCAAAGAGAGAUAAAACUGACGCAUCAUUUGAGAUCGACAACGCUAAUGAAGAACUGAUCACUUCGAAACUUAACAAUACUGACACUAAACAUUCAAGUCCUAGAAUUGCAACAAAUUUCAACACCACUUUUGAUAAAGAAAGUUGUCAAUCAGAUAUAGACGUAAUUAAAAUCACAUCAAGUGCUUCUAAAAAUAAAAGAAAAUCUAGUAUUAAGAAUUCAACAUACGAUAAAAUUGAUAAUCAAUCGAUUAUGAACUUAGAUGUCACCUUUGAGAAAGAAUCUCAAUCAAAGGCGGAAAAUUUUCUUGCAAGCAAUACAACAGCUGAGCUUAAAGAUUCAAGCAAUUCAAAAGAUUCUUUUAUACAAAAUAAUACAAUAACACUGAACAACACAUAUGAUAAAAACUCUAAAACAGAAAUAAUUGCUAACUCUCUUAACACUACUUUUGACAAACCAACUAAACUAGACACAACUUUUGACAAAAAUCUCAAGAAAGAUUCCAUUGACCAAUCUCAAAUGAAUCCGCAAGCAAAAUCAUCCCUAAUUAGCUCGGACACGACGGAAAGUUCAACAAUAAAUAUAACAGACGACAAUUCACAUGUUAGCUUAACAAGCGACGAGUCCAAAACAGAAAACAUUUUAAAUACAACACCGGUAUUGAUAGAAAGUAGUAUGGAUGACUCGAGUGUAGUUAACAAUGAACUUACAACAGAAACUAAGAAAACGCCACUGAAAAGACAGGGAACAUUCACAGAAAUUACUAAAGAUUCUCCUUUGAACCGCGGUAAGGAAACCAAACCGAUUACUCCGUUAAAGAGAGACAUAACAUUUACAGAAAGCGACAUCACUCCUAAGAAGAAUACACCUGACUCUAAACAUAAUCCAAGAAGAUCAUCUAUAAAUACACCUCAAUCUACAAAGAAAAUAUCCACGACUAAACCAGAAACACCUCUUAAACGUGAAGGGACAUUUACAAAAGAUAGUCCAGACGUCACAAUGUCUCCGAAACUUAAAAACCAGUUGACACCAAGACGCAAGUCAUUACCGUCUCCGGGCUGCACUCCGUUCCCUCACUCUAAAAGCUCUAGCAAAGAAAAGAGCGUUUUAAACUUAACCCGGUCGAUAGAAAAGUCUAGAAGGUCGUCGGUAGCAGAUGUACCGCCGAGAAUGACGAAAGUAAUGUUCUGCAGUCCUGUCAAUAAUCCAGUCGUUGUGUCUCAAAUGAAGGGAAAAGUUAUCAAGUCAAAUUUAAAAGGAUCAAACAAGAGUUUUAUAUUUGAUGAUAGCGACUGCCGGCCGGCCCGCAAGCGUUCGCACACGCACAGCGAGGCGGACGGCGAGCGUACCGCACAGCUGCGCUCCGCUCAGCGCUUGUCGCGCUCGCGCACCGCCAGUGCUACAGCUCGUCUCCAAGACACCUCACCGGCUAAAAAGCCCACUAAGGAAGCUCGUCGAACCAAGUUACCCAACUUCGCCGCUCUGCAUAAGAAGCAGUUUGCUCGCAUGGAGUCGCUGGACGAGUGUGUGAUGAGGAAGGCCAAGCGGGCGAAACUGCUUCUCACGCCCAACACCGCCUCCAAAACACUCCGGACCAGCCCUAAAGAUAUUCAUCCUCAAAAUUCAAAGGAAGUUCCAGCUGAUCCACAAAAGAAAGAAACACCGAAAUCAAAACAGCCAGAACCAAAUCCAGGGUUCACGAGAUUUGGUUUCAAGCUGAACCUCGAUGUAAACCCCUUCAGCAUCCCUCCGAAGAAUGAAGUGAAAGAAAAACAAGCUGUAUUAAAAAGACAAGUAACUCUGCCGUCUCUAGCGGGAGCGACAAAUCUUCGGCGGGAAAUCGCAAAGCAAGCUGUUAUGAGGGAAAAAUCAUUUACAGAAAAGCGUUAUACGAACAGAGAUGAGAAUAGGACUGUAAUUAAAGGUGUACGGACAAACAGACGGUUCGAACUUCAAAUGAAAAUGAGAAAUAUUAAUAAUCAAUAAGUUUGUCUAUUAUUUUUUUGUUUUAAUUGAUUAAAUUAUGUUUACUAACA